AUGGACUUCAAUAACAAAGUUGUAAUAAUAACCGGCGCCAGCGCUGGUAUUGGGGCCGAUGCAGCAAUUUUAUUUGCAAAACAAUCUGCUAAAGUUGUUUUAGUGGGAAGAAAUGAGACGGCGCUGUUAGAUGUUGCAAAGAAAUGCGAAGAUAUUAAAGGAAUUAAACCUUUAACUGUCAGAGCGGAACUUACUGACGAUGAAGAUGUAAAAAAAAUAGUUGAUAAAACUAUUGAACACUUUGGGCGUAUAGAUAUCCUUGUGAAUAAUGCCGGUGUUGGAUUCCACGGUGGUAUUCGGGAUGGUGUAGAAAUAUUUGACCGCGCUAUGGCAACUAAUGUUCGUCCUGCUUAUUUGUUGACUAGUCUAGCUACACCUUACCUCGUCCAAUUUAAGGGGAAUAUCAUUAAUGUGUCAAGUGUUGCCGCCUUUAAACCAAUAAAAGAUAUUGCAUUUUUGCCAUAUUGUAUGUCAAAAGCCGCGCUCGAUCAGUUCACAAGGUGUGUUGCUUUAGAAUUAGGACGAGAUGGUGUUCGAGUAAACUCAGUGAAUCCAGGCGGUACAAAGACUAAUUUUGUAGAAACUGCAGGAUUUAGUAAAGAACAAAUUGAAAAAUUAUAUGAAACACGAGAACAAACUUAUCCGCUUCGCAAAAUGGCGAAAAGUGAAGAGGUCGCUGACCUAAUUUUAUAUCUUGCGAGUGAUCGUGCUGAUAGUAUAACAGGCGCUACUUUCGUGAUAGAUAACGGCGAAACGCUAAUGUAA